CUUUGAUUCAAUCAGUCGGCCGCCGUUUGCGUUCCACUGCAGUUCGAGAACGUGUCAACAAGAUGGCAAUGCAAACCAUUGGAACCAUUUUACUGCUGAUGCUAUCCCUGAGCAGCAGCCUUGUGAAUGGGCAAAACCCAGAUCCAGCUGUCCAGCUUGCCUGCACCAAAUUCAAACAACUUGUUUUCGAGGAGCGCGUGGCCAUCAGCUUUUUCUUGGAGGAUGCCCCGAUUACCUAUUCCACAGUGGACAGUUGCCAUGGAUCAAGGCCCCUGAUUGUGGAUGGCACUCCGGCGGAGCCCAAGGAAUUCCCCCAUGCAGCUCGCCUGGGGCAUCGGGAUGCCAACAACGAAACCAAGUGGUUCUGCGGCGGAACCUUGAUAAGCAAUCGUCUAGUGCUCACAGCAGCUCACUGCUUUUUCUCUGAACAUGGUGCGGUCAACGUUGUGCGCUUGGGCGAGCUGGAAUUUGAUAAUGACCAGGAUGAUGCGCAGCCGGAGGACUUUGGCGUGCUGGCUCUCAAGCCACAUCCGGAUUUCAAGAAUCCUGAACUCUACAAUGAUAUUGCCGUUGUGAAACUGGAUCGGGAGGUCAAGUUCAAUCGGUACAAACACCCCGCCUGCCUGCCCUUCGACGACGGAGAGCAGCACGAGAGCUUCAUCGCCAUCGGCUGGGGUCAGAGGAAGUUCGCCCAGAAGCAGUCCAAGAAGCUGCUGAAGGUCCAGCUCCAGGGCUAUGGCAACAAGUGUGUCACCAGUGUGGAUCCCAAUGAUGAGCUGCCCCAGGGCUACGAGGCCAGGAGUCAGCUGUGCAUCGGAUCGAAGGAUAACAAGGACACCUGCAACGGCGACUCGGGAGGUCCAGUGCUGACCUACCACAAGACUCUGCCCUGCAUGUACCACAUCAUGGGCAUCACCUCGUUCAGCAUUGGCUGCUCCACGCCCGAUAUUCCCAGUGCCUACACCAGGGUGCAUUACUUCCUCGACUGGAUCAAGGGCGAGCUGGCCAAUCAGACAUAAUGUUACCUUAUACUAAUUUAAAUGCCUAAAGUUGGGUCUUAAACUGAGUUCUGAUGAAGCCAUAAAUGCACUUAAUAAUUGUAAA